AUGAGGGAAUUACAGAUCGUUUGUGUGCUGGUGAUCGCGCUGAUGGCGUUUGUAGCGGCCGAUAAGGAUGCUACCGUGCUGCGGCAGGAUUCGGAGGUCAACCCGGACGGUUCGUACCAGUAUGCGUACGAAACGUCGAACGGCAUUGUGGCUGAGGAGCAAGGAACACUGAAGAACCUCGGAGACGAACAGGCACAGGUCGCACAAGGACAGUACUCGUACACGGACCCAGAGGGUAACCGCAUCUCGGUGCAGUACAUCGCGGAUGAGAACGGUUUCCAGCCUCAGGGUGAUCACCUGCCAACGCCUCCACCCAUCCCAGAGGCGAUCGAGCGAGCCCUUCGGCUGUUGGCGAACCUGAGCCGGAACAAGUGAUUCGAAACCGCGCCUCUAGCCGAACGAGUUUGGCGUGCCGUAUAGCCGUUAAGUUAGUGAUACAGGUCCCGGGCACUUGGCAGCAACUAGUCAUGUUUCCGAAGCGUAAAG